CAUUUUACCCUUGUUCCCGCCGUUUUCCACCGUACUAAGGAUUGGAUUCGUGUUUCAAAGUCUCUGAACAUGGAUUUCAUUUCAGCUUGGAACUUUCCCUCCAAGAAUGGGUGAGUUACGAUUUAUUAAAGUUCGGCGGCAUUUUCGUUAUCCAGCAUGAUUAUAAAUGCAACAGUUCAAUCAAUGUGUAGCAAAAUAAUGACAGACUUGGCAUAAAUACGAAUACUGGGUGUGUAGACAAACAGUGCAUAGCUGUAAAACGUUAUGAUUACAAUACACACACAAAAAUAUUUUUAACAAUAUUUUUAAAAAAUCGAAUUUUAAAAAUAAUAACUUAUAAGAAUAUUUUCCUUAAGAAUAGUGUGAUCAUUAUUAUGUAUGGUAGCUAUAUUCAUAAAUGUUACGUGAUUGACUAAAAAUUAUUAACAAAUUAUACUUAUAUAAAGCUGUAACAGACACAUUUUAAAAUAUUGUAUUAAAAUUGCGUUAAAACUGUGUUGACAAAUUUGUUUUAAACAAUCAGAGUUCACCUCAAGCAUUGAGAGCGCCAGCCCCAAGACGGGAAUGAGUGAGACCGUCGCAUGCGCCAUCAUUGAAGGUAUAUCAUCUGUGAGAGAAGAUGAAGAACUCCAGGAUUUCGUUGUUGAAGUUGAAGGCAAAGAAUUUAAAUGUCAUCGUCUGAUACUCAGCGCGUGCUCUGGAUUUUUCCGUGGUCUUCUCAGGUCUGGGAUGAAAGAGUCGAAAGAACAGAGGACAAAGCUCGAGGGCUUCUCCGAGGAAAUUUUCAAGGCCAUUUUGGAUUCUCUCUACACCGGAAAUGGUAAUUUGACGCAGAACAAUAUGUUAAGUGUUUGGAUUGCGGUGGAUCAUCUUCAAAUUCCAUUUCUAUGCAAGCUGUGCACGGAUUUUAUAGAAGCCAAUAUUUCUGUUGAAAAUGUUCUCCCCGUUUGGCAAGUGGCUAAACAAAUGCAAAGUUUAAUUGUUGUUGAAACUUGUGAAACAUUCGUCAAAAGAAAUACUUCGAUAGAAAACUGUGAACAAAUAUACGUGACUGCUAGACUUCUUGGCUGUGAUUCAGUUGUAUCUCACGUUCGAGAAUUCGUCAAGGCUAAUUAUGAUGCCGUCACCAAAUCAGAUGUGCUCUACUGCCUUACUGAAAACGACCUGCUGGAAGUUAUAGAAAGCCAAGAUCUGAUCGUAUCCUCCGAAGAUGUGGUCGUCGAGUCGAUUCUGACAUGGGUCAAAGUAAGAAAUUAUCAGGUUAAAAAUGAGCGAGAAGAUGUUUUUAAGAAAAGGAGAUCACAACACAGUGGAUUUUACAGCAAAGAGAUUCACACCAUUGGUCUUGAUACCAUAGGCUCAGACCAAAAUGACGUGCAGAAAAAUUUUCGCGUCAGUAAUAAAGCAUUCCGAAAAGAAGCUCUACAUGACAUGGUGAAGAGCGUGCUGGACAGCAUCAUUAAGUCAACAUCACCUGCUUCAGAAGUCGACAGCGAAACGCUUCGUUUGAAAAAUCCCGCCAGGCUUCUCUCAGCGACCAGACUUUGCCUUGUGACCUCUGGGUGCCUUAAAACCCUAUCACGUGACCCGUUGAUCAGGUCCAACAAGGAAUCCACACAACUGGUCAUGGACGCAGCCCUGUAUCAAUCGAUCGGGGGCAGACAUGGCCAGUGGCCGAAUGCAGCCAUUCACAGACAUUACAGCGACUUUGUAAACGUGGGAGUCAUGGCUCACCGCAGUGGGAAGUUCCUGGCACUGUCAUCAUGCGAUGCCAAAUUUAAACUGAAAAAGAUGCCCAUUAGUCCUUUUAUGAACUCGUGCAUUUCCGUUCAUCUCAUUUCGUAUUUGACCGACCUGUAUGCUGUAAAAGAGUACUGCGGCAACAGUGUUCUGUAUGUGUUUGCUAAAGACUUGUGGCGUGAAGUGACCACGAUACAUGGUACCGGGUGGCUUGGUGUUGCUCAUGAAGAAUACAUGUAUCUGUUCAAUUCGUCAAAUCAGAAAGUUAAGCGAAUUGAUCCCAAGCAACUGAAUACAUGUCUUGAGGAUGUAACGUGUUUUCCCGGGACCACUGCCGUGGUUAACGCGUGCUCUUUGGAUGUGUCCGUGCUGGCGUUUUGUUCAGAGAUGAUUAACGGCUUGGAAGAGACAGCCGUGUAUAGCCUCGACACCAGGUCUCAAACGUGGACAAGACUUGACAACAUGAACGGGCCUGCUGAACACGUGGUCGUUUUCAAACAGGGAGCGGUAAUAUACUUACUUCAGCAAAACGGGAACUUGUGGGAGAUCCAACGAAAUGAAGGCAAGGCUGUAAUUAUCAAGUUUGUGGAGGUGCUUUGGGACUUUCGUUACAAGCUCUACGGCGCCAUCGCGCUCCACGAUAAGCUUUACAUAUUUGGAGGAGACAAGGCUGCGAAGCCUAGCCACAAGCAAUGGCCGACGUCGUCGAAGUCGUUCUCGGGCAUCAAAAUAGCCGGCAGCCUUCUCAAGUGGUCAAACAUUGUUCCCGCAGUUCUUCACAAGUCGAUUUUGACGCCUGUAUCCUCAAUGGCGGCAUCAACGUGAUAUUUCUUCAUGACUUUAAAUGUCGGGGAAGUUAACAUUGUACGAAAUUACAGAAUACUAUUUUCUUUAAAGAACAUUAUUUCAACAAUGGAAUAAUUUAUGUGCAAAACUGUGCCCCCCCCCUUUUCUGUGUAUAUUCUAAAGUUUCCGUUAAAGAAAAUCAAUCACAAUGUUUUAAAAUUGACACAAUUAUCGC